CACGCACACAUGAUCUCCCAUGACCGCAAACUUGGAUAUAUAGCUAGCUAGCGGGUCUGUCAGACGCUGACAAUUCCAUGGCGGCUGCUGCGGUGACUCCACAUUCUGGUGUGUCUGGCAGAACGUCAUCCUGUGCUUGGAUACGAGCUUCGUUUCAAGGCCUCCGUUGAUGCUCGGGUUGUAUCCGGUGACCUGCACCCCAUCGCUGACAGGACACUCGCAAGUUGAGGCCAUGGCUUCUGGGGUCUUGCUGGACUCCUCCCACGAUGAAAAGAAGAGGAAAUUGCAAGAGAGCUCCCUGCUCAGUAUGGACAUGGACGUGGACCAUGCCUCCAAGAGGCCCUGUUUAGCAACCGGCAGCGACGGCCAAGUAGGAAUGGCCAGGCAAAAUCAGAACCCCAGCCAGUGGCAGGGCCCUGCUUUCGACUGGGAAGAAGUGCACCGGCAGGCUGAUGAGGCGGAGAGUCCGUUAGAGCAGGUCAAAAGGGUGGACUUCCCAAAGACCCUCCGUAGGGCAGAGUCGGAACCGGUCUUUGACACAGGGCCCCCCAGGGGAAAGCCUUGGGCGAGCAGCUUUGGGAAGACUAACCCCCAGCUGACCGGGAUGGGUAAGCCUAACCCCCAGCUAAGUGGGAUGGUUAAAGGCAGCAACCCGCUCUGGGGGAGUGCCAAGCCGGUGAGGCAGCCAGUGAUCAUUCAGCCGAUGACAUCAGCGCCGCUCUUUCCGCCAACAGCGACGUCUGGGCACACUCCCCCCUCGCCGGACAGCAACACAUCGUCCCGCCUCAGCAAGCGCUCGUUCGCGGAGGACGACGGGGCGACCGCGUCUGGAGCGGGGGUGUCGGGCUUAAGCCACGAGGGGCCCCCCGGCAAGAUGACAGCAGGGACACCUUUGAGGCCCGCACCGAAGCACAGGAGAAUUUUGGAGGAGGUCAACAGUAGCAGCGAGGAUGAGGGGGAUGGCGACGUGGAGCCUCAGACGAAGUCGGUUCUGGCGGAGCAAUUUCCAAAAGGGGGGGCCGGCGCAAGCAGGAACCAGGGGGGGGGAGCUCGAAGCGCCGACAGCGGGAGGCUGCUCCAGAGCAGUGCGCAAAAUGCCCCGCUCCAUGAUGGGGGGUUGUUUGCAGGGGGCCGGCGGCAGGUCUUUCCCCCCCUGCCGGGAAUGAUGAAACGGAGCACCAGCCGUGCGGACCUCACAGAGGAGAAGCGGCCGGCGACGCCGUCUGGGGGGGGUGUGCCGCUGUUUGAGCGGCUGACUCGGGGGCUGCCCCCCGCGGGCGAGAGGUCGGGCGAGUCCGUCGGGAGCGAAAGGUCAGAAGGGGGCCGGUCUACAAAGGACAAAGAGGAGCUCCGGAGGAAGGAGCUGGAUUCGGUACACCCUGCGCUGCGAAGGAGCAUGUUUCCUUUGCGCUCAGAGAGUGGUUUGUCGGGGCUUGGGACGUCAGACCGUAGAGCUCCGGUGUCAAACCUUUCUGGGGGGGUGGGCAUAGAAAAUGUGGUAAAGCAGGGCUCCGCAGGAGCAAGUUUUAGGCCGCGGCCACCAAUGGGGCGGAGCGGGGUACAUUCCACUGGUAUAGAAACCCUAGGCGCGGCAAAGUUUGUGUUGCCAAACGGGGUGAAAGUGACGAAAGCGGCGUCGGACAGCCUGGUGCCGGGGCCGACGCUUACGGACGAGGCGAUGCGGGAGCGGACGCUGAACAGCGUCAGCAUCACGAGCGCUCAAGGCAGAAAACAGACAGUGGAAGACGAGUUUGAGGCGUACUUUGCGAUGAUGGGCAUAUCCAUGUAGUCUUGUAUAGUAGAAUGAAGAGUUGAUUAGUGGCUUAGGAUGUGAAGUCGCGGCCUCCGUGCUGGAGGCCUGCACUCAAGAAGUGAUUGCCCUUGUACUAUCUGCAUUAGAGAGUGUUUACUUUGUGGGCGACACAGCGGUGCGUGCUCGACGGAGCUCUGCUUUGCAUGACAAAAAGGAGGAAUUAAGCAGGCAGGCUUUAGCCUGCAGGGACACCAUCUUAGAAGCGUUAUGCAGCAGGCAAGGAGAGGAUAUGACAGCCCUUUUUGAAGAUUGACAGUGAUCCUGGCUUAAGCAGACUUUUGGGCUGUCUCGUUGUCUUUGGUAGGUUGAGGUUAUUAGGCAUCAGACCAAUCAUCAAUGCUUCCGCUUAAGGAGGUAAUUGUAGCCGUUUGCAAACAGUACGUGCGUGCAACUCUGCAGCGCAUAUGUCAAGAGAACACAGUGUUUGUG